CAUUUCCCGCUAAACGGCCGCGAUAAUUAGAUAUUAUAAAAACAACAAUAAAAGUUUAAAACGCGUACUAAAAUAUUACAAAACUAGUGUUCAACUGGAUUUCAGUGUUUAACGGCCUUAUUAUAUAAUCAAAUUUCUUCAACUUUAUUCAACAGUAUGACAAGUGAAACAACAAUUUCAUGAUGAAAUAUUACCCUGCAUAAAAAUAAAAGCAAAACAAAACAAAAAACACUACAACCACAAAGCACAUUUAACAAAAAACAAUAACCUUAAUCAAAAUGCACGUUUAUUACAAAUUUGGAUUACUUUUAAUAUUUUUGCUGAGCGUCAGUAUUAGCUCGACAGCGCCAGCGGACAAGAAUGAGAGUCUCGAAUAUGACGAUAAUGAUGACUAUUCUGAUGAAGAUCAGCUUAACGAAUCACCAGAGAUAGCAGAAAAUCGCCAAAUGCAGCUAACAUCAACGACAACAACCACAUUUAGGCCCAUUUUUAGCAUUCCACGUCGCAGCAGCCAUGUGCUGGAGCCGAGCUGUCCGCGCAGUUGCCACUGCCUGGAGGAUUUCAAGUAUGUGCAAUGCAUCAAUGCCCAUUUGACCCAGGUGCCGCUGGAUUUGCCCAAGAGGGCGGCAAUUAUUGAUUUGAGUCACAAUGAGAUUGCUGAGUUGCGUGCCGAAGAUUUUGCCAAUUUAUCCAAACUGGUCGAGAUCAAUUUAAGUCACAAUUUGUUGAGGCGUCUUGACAAGGAGGCAUUCAAUGGCUUGGAACGCUUGAGUCGCCUGCGUUUGGCCAACAAUCAAUUGACUAAUAUCGAACCCGACACCUUUGCGGGGGCCACCGAUUUGACGCUGUUGGAUCUAAGCAACAAUAGCAUUGUACAACGCACAGAGGGCUCCUUUUUGAAUCAGCCCAGUUUAAAUGAUUUUAGCUGCUCGAAUUGCAGCUGGACAGAGCUGCCGGAGCAGAUUUUCAUGAAUAUGAGCGGACUGACUGCUCUGCGCUUGGAUCACAACGAAUUCAAACGACAAAUCAAUACGCGAGCUUUCACACCGCUGAAAGACCUAAUUAAACUAAAGCUGCCCGAACUCGAUCAGGCCAACAUUGAGGAGCUGUGCAAUCUGCUAAAGACCAUUGACAACAUCAGCUUUAAGCACUUUGAUCUUAGCUGCUUUGAGCUCGUCCUGGGCACAUCAUUCAACGAGAGCCUCAUCCAGGCCACAGAUCCCCCAUUUAAGCGUGUGACGUCGCUGCCAACAACACCAAAAGCAGCGACGCCAGCGACGCCGCGCACGGCAGCCAAUCGAAAUCGAAACAACAACAACGGCAUGUCCAACGAGACGGUCAGCAAUGUGGCCAAGGCGGGCAUCAUGACUGAAAACGGCGGCAGCCAAAUCCCUGCCAAGGAGGAACCAUAUAAGGUGCCCAUCUCCCAGGAGGUCAUCAACACACUGCUCAUAUGCAUUAUGUUCAUAGCGGUUGUGGGCAUUGUUGUGGGCUUGCUGUGCCGCAAGGAUGUGGGUGGCAUUAAAACGAAAUGCUGCCGCACCAGUAAACCGGAGCCAAAGGAUCAGGUGCAUCCCACCGAGGAAAUACCGUUAAAUAAGCUAGCCUAAGACGCACAUUCGCUUCUCUUCUGCCUUACAUACACAUUACACAUAAUUCCAACAAUUCCAUUUUACGGGAACAAAAAUUGCGUUUAUUACGGAGACAAGACGAAUCGAGACAAGACGACAUUUUAAAAGCUCUGUUCGCACAAAAUGUAUUUCCAAAAUUGUAGCGGGAAUUUUAGAUUUAGUCUAUAGUUAGUUUUAAGUCCGCCUAGUCGCUUAGCCCUUUAUUGUUUGACUAUUUAGCAUUGGUAGCAACAAUAUGUAUAUUUUGUAGUCACUUUUGGACCACACACACACGCAUCAAAUCAUAUCGAUAAUAUUAUCUACGACAAAAACUGUUAGCUCUUAGUCAUUUUCCUACUCUUAAUAUAGACCUUUUGCCAAUUACACAAUAAAAUUAAUUAUUGUAAAUA